GUAACAGCUGCUCAACAGGCAGGCAUUGAGCGGGUGAAGCAGGCCUACCUGUGCCCAUCGCUCACCUUUUAUCCUGCUCUUUCUCCCCAAAGAGUGUGGGGCAGAAAGGCAGGGUUCUUCCGUCACAACAGCCCUGCGAGGCAGGUUACUCGGAGAGAGUGAUUGGGCCUAGGUCACCCAGUCAGCUUCCUGGGGUUGAAUGAAAGAGGGAGGAAGGGCCCCUUUAGGCCACCAGAAAUGCUGUGCCAGGAAUUAUGGGACCUGUGUGCGUAAAAGCCACACAAGGGGACAGCCGGGAAAAGGUAUCAGAUUUGGGUUUGAAACUACAGGAACCCCAAAGAUGACGCUCCUUGCUUCUGAGCGAUCUAUGCUUAUCCGGAGCAAAUUCCGCUCUGUUCUCCAGCUCCGAAUGCAACACCGUCGAUCCCAAGAGCAGCUCUCUGAACACCACCUCCUUCCAGGUGAUCGCUCAGCAAACCCCUCGCAACUUUCUCGCAGGCCAGUGGGCCACAGAGUCAGAAUAAGAGGAAGGGCCAUGUGGGCCAACGAUUUUGCAAAGCUGAAAGCCUCUCCCCGGCCCCACAAGACCAGCGCUGCCAAGGGCCAGUUGGCAGAAGCACCUCCCGGAAACCCUUCCGAGGUGCAGGACAAGAAGGCUCGCCUGGCCGAAGACCUGAGCGAGAAGAUCCUGCACCGCCCUGGACCGCUUGAGCUGGUGAAGAAAAACAUCCUCCCCCUGGAUCCGGGCAUCAAGGAUGCCAUGACGGAGGCAGUUCCGGCGGCACCGGAUUCCUUCACCUUUGAGGAAGAUCUCAGUAGCUCCUCUUCCUCUUCCUCCCCGUGCUUUGCACUGUCUCCGGGAAGUGCCCUUGGGAACCUGCCCACGGCCUCAUCAGGGGGAGCCUUUCAGCUGGAGCUGCCCCCCCUCCCGGCAGAUCAGCCGCCAGCCCGGUCGACGUCCACCUCUGAGUCCGAGUCCCCCCUCCCAGGGGAGAGCCCUCUUGCCAAGCCCUCGGCUUCACUUCUCAAGGCCUCAUCCAAGGUUCCCGAGGCCAGGAAACCGCCACGCCCCAAGAAGGUGAAGGAGCCCCGCCCCAAAGUGAAGAAGCUGAAGUACCACCAGUAUAUGCCGCCGGACCAGAAAGGGGAGCAGGCGCCGGUGCCCAUGGAUGCGGCCUACGCUCGCCUCCUGCAACAGCAGCAGGUCUUCCUGCAGCUCCAGAUCCUGAACCAGCAGCAGCAGCCAACACCAACAUCGCCAGCAACCUUCUGCGUUCAAGCCCUCCAUACGGUCCCCGCCAGCAAUGCCCCAGAACAGCUGCUCAGCUUCUCUAGGACUUCCACCCCACCAAGUGGGCCCCCUCCUCCGCCUCCGCUCCCUCUUCCAUCUCCGGCCACGCCAACCUCCCCAUCGCCUCCCAAGCCGGAGCUGUUGCCUGCCAACCUGGAGGAGCUAACGGUCUCGGAACUCCGCCAGCAGCUCCGUAAGCGGGGCCUCCCCGUCUCGGGCACCAAGCCGGCCUUGCUAGAGCGCCUCAAGCCGUACCAGGUGGCCCGAAGCAAGCCCCCGCCAGUCCCGCUCUGCAGCACCCGCCUGGCGCCCCCGGACCUGGACGAAGAAGCCCAGGCCCUGCGGGAGAAGCAGCGGGCGGCCGAGAACCUGGCGCUGAAGCUCCACCGGGAGCCAAAACAGCAUGACGACGACCUCCGGGUGGAGCUGGAGAUGCACAAGCGGAUCAAGAAUCGCCGCAAGGGAGCGCUGCAGUCGCCCGGCCAGCAGGGAGCGCCACCACCUUAUAUGCCGAAGAGGGAGUGUGCCAAGGAGGGGGGAGGCCAAGAAGACAGCUUCAUGGUCUUGUGUCCUCCACCUUGCGAGCCGAUUAAUUCUGAUAUGGAGCUGCCCCUCGAAAUCACGGCCAGCCCCCUCGACCCAGCCCCAGGGACCCGCUCCCUCGAGGAGGAGCUCCAAGAGGCCAUCCAGAAAGCUCAGCUGGUGCCGAGCCAAUCCAUUGAAGAUAUCUUAGAAGAGCCUCUGGUAUGUUCAGGUGACCUUCUCCAAGCACCUGCCUCGACCCCGGAGGCCCCCUCUGAUCACGUCGCUCCAUCACCCCUCCUCCAUCCAGAAGCCUCGCCACCAAAGAAGCCCCGCCCCAGCAGUGAACCCCCUUUGGUGUCCUCCGCCAUCUUUGAUUUCCCCGGACCGUACGAUUUCCUCUCGACCGCCUCUUCCUCAUCGGCAUCUCUGGACUCCCUGUCCUCGGUUUUCUCCCCCGACUCUCUGGAGAUGCCCCCGUCUCCUCCGGAUGCCUGGCAAGGGAGCAGGGCCCGCUCGGGAUUCGAUGCCGUUGAUUGGCUGGAGGCCUUGACCUCAGGCUCUGCCUCGGGCCUCGGCUCCACCAGUCCCGUCGGCAGCAGUAUCUUCUGCACGGACUUCUUUGACUCGCCCGACCUCGGUGUCAACCACAUGAUAGACCUAAUGGUGGAGCAGUGGUAGGCGAGGCACCGGGAAGCUGUCUGCAGAGCCAAGGCCUGGAGGGAAUGGGGGAAAAUCCUCCUUCUGCCCCGCAGGGUCACGGCAGCAUCGGGCAACAGCAGGGCUAUUUUUGGGCAGGAACGCACAGGUACAGAGUUCUGGCUGGCUCCCGAGUUGG